GCUUCCCGGGUUCUUUGUGGGGCCGCGAGCUCGGUGGAGCACCGAGGGCUCCGUCAGUUCUGCCGACGCAGCUGGCAGUGGGGCUGUCUCCGGAAGGCGGACCGGAGAACGCCCGUGCCCGCGCUCGGCCGCCUGCCUCCCUGCCUGCGGCGCCUGUCUGCGCCCGUGACAUCCUUACUCGGGACGCAGUGACCGUUUUUAAAUCACAAGGGCGUGGGUCAGCCUCCCCUAGGACUUCAUGUCUGUGUAUUUCCCCAUUCACUGCCCUGACUAUCUGAGAUCGGCCGAGAUGACUGAGGUGAUGAUGAACACCCCAUCCAUGGAGGAGAUUGGCCUCAAUCCCCGAAAGGAUGGACUUUCCUAUCAGAUCUUCCCUGACCCGUCAGACUUUGAACGCUGCUGUAAACUGAAGGACCGCCUCCCCUCCAUAGUGGUGGAGCCCACAGAUGGGGAGGUAGAGAGCGGGGAGCUCCGGUGGCCUCCAGAGGAAUUCUUGGUCCAGGAGGACGAGCAGGACAACGGUGAAGAGACAGAGAAAGAAAGCAAGGAACAGUAGAAUCCUUGCCAGCUCCCCCAGGCUCAUACCAGAGAGCAUCUAUCUGUACCUGAACUGUGUGCUUUCCCGGCGUGAUGGAAGACAAGUGAGCCACAGCAGUUCUGAAAAUGUCAAAUGAUGGCUUCCGUUUAGCACCUGCAAAUCACUGAGUUGGUUUUCUUUUCUUUUCUUUUUUUUUUCUUUGAAGUGUGUGGGGCAGUGGAGCCCUCUGCAACAAUUUGCAAGGCCUUCUGAGAAAGGAAGCUGCUUAGAACAGGGGUGGGGGGUGCGGGGAAGCGCACAUCUUUGAGAUCCUUAUCUGAACUCAGCAGCCUAGAGGCAGCAGUGGGAUUCCAGUGGGCUCUGGGGGUGGGGGGUGGGGCGUGUGCAAAGUGAGCAAGGAACAGGAAAACAAACCUGAGAGGAAAGAGAAAAUACACAUUUUCAAGUAAACAUUGAGCAGAGAAGUGCAGCCAGAAACUACCCAGUGAGCGUUCACCCUGGUUUCUGGGGCAUCAGACAACAAAGUCUUCAUCUCUCCAGUUUCGCCCACCGCCAGCCUUUGCUUUUAUUUCAGGUGUGUUGGUCCCUUACAGGGAGGCGGGAAAGGGGAGCUGUAGGAGCUGGUUGCCUGCAAAGCCAGCUGGCAGAGAUGCCCGGGAAAGAAAAAGGUCUCCCUGUUCCUCCUCCAUGACCCCUCGGCUGCAGCAGGCUCACAUACCCGCUGUAAUCUGGAGAGGAUUAAAGGGGCAGCCCUGUGAGCUUCUCUCCCCUGAUUGAUCCUUUUUGCACCCAAGCCCUUCUGGGAGUAGCCAGAACACUUCCCACCCCUGUUGGAGGACUGAGGUGGGCAGGCUCUCCCAGGCUGGCCGUCCUCCCCACCGCGCCAGCCUCCCCAGCCCUUGGCCACAGCGGUCAGGCAGAGGUGGUUCCUGCUGCAGACUCCAGCUGCACCCCCCGCUCCUGUGUGAGCUCCUGGCCUGUUUUUUUGGUGGGGGCCCAGUGGAGAGCAGAGGAGGCCUUUUCUGUUUCUUGUUGGGGAGGUGAGCUUUAAUGCAGAUGCCAAGAGCUGGCAAAGCCUGGGAAUUCUUGGAUGGGGGUGACAAGGCUCUCAUGUAGCAGCCAGGGGAUCAAGUUUGAAACUACAGGAUGUCUUGAGAUUCCUGUUGCUUCUCCCUGUGGUGUUCCUGGGUGUAGGUGGGAGGAUCCUUGUCAUGUAGAGGGAGCAAUGAAUGGUGGUCCUCAUCCCUGCCCACCUCCCACCCGUCCCCUGCAGGGGCCCAGUUACAUGGGAAAGCUAGCCCUGGGCUUGCAGCUUUUUGUCAUAGUUAAGAACCAUCUGGAGCACAGGUUGCAGGACAGACUCUUCAAACCAUCCCUAUCUCAGAAUUACGACUGUGUGACCAAGGGGGCUCGAGAUCCUCCCUGGGUCUGAACUUGGCCAACUGAGGCACCCAGUAUGUCCCCUCAGGUCUCCAGUCAGUCCAGGUUGACCCCAGUUUGGGACUUGCAUGUAGAGUUGUAUUUAAUACCUCAAGGUUAGUGUGUGGUUCUGGGGAGCAUUGGAUCGGGAGGACGAGGGUGUACUGUGGGCACAUCGGCAGGGUUUGGUUCUCGGAAGCCAAGGCUCACUGCUCCCUCCCUCUGUGUUGUCUGCUUGUGUUACACACACUGAUGGCAAUAACUUCUUCCAGCUCCUUGUGGAAGCGGGAGAGGCCUGCAGCCUGCACAGCCGGGGUGUUUCCCUGUCUCGCCCUCCCUUUGGUUCCGCUCUGGCUGUGGACAGCCUGUCCUCCUGCCCCCACUUCCCUCGCAGCAGCAUUUCUCAUCCCAUGCCGAACCCUUGGUGGAUGGGGUUUUGCCUUUUUAAAUCGUGUUUCUGUGUCCCUGUCUCAUCGGCUCCCCUCUAUCCUCUGUCCUAGUCUUGCCAUGUGAUGGGAAUGUGCUUGUAAACUGCAUAACAAAUCUACUCUGUGUAUAUGUGUGUUUAUGGGGGUGGUUUAUUGUUUUGCUCGCCACUAGACCCCUUUGUUUGACCAUUUGGAGUCUGAGCAGGCCAAGGACUGACAGCUGAAGUCAGGACCCUCAGCAGCAAGCCUGUGGGGGACACAGCCACCCUUGGUCAAGUGGCUGAGCUCCUGUCUGGCCUCCUCUUUUCUUUUUUUAAAAGUAACUUGUGUGUAUUUCUAACUGAUCGUAUUGAAAAAAAAAUAGUAUUUCAGUAAAAAUGCCUGUUGUAAGAUGAACAUCCUGUAACUUCUGUUCUUUUUUGAGGCUCAGGGAGAAACUAGCAUUUUUUUUUUCCAAACUACUUUUUGUCACUGUGACAGUUGUAAAUAAAGUUUGAAAAUGCU